GAAGGCAUAUAGUUCUUGGUCGUCUUAAAAAUGUCAAAAAAAAACCCCAAACAUUCAUCAUCUUCAUCAAAAAGUUUCAACAAUGGAGGAGAGAGAAAGUAACAAAAGGGGCAUCAAUUUGUUAGAUUUACCUGAUGGGUGUCUCUCUCACAUCCUUUCUCUCACUUCUCCCUUCUAUGUUCUUCGUUCUUCCCUUGUCUGCAAAUUUUUUCACUCCAUUGCUAAAUCUGAUUUAGUUUGGGAGAAAUUCCUGCCCUCCGAUUUCCACCCCAUCAUCCAACACUCAUCCGCUUCCCCUUCCAAAAAGCACAUCGUCCUCCAUCUUUGCCGUUCUUUCAUCCUCUUAGAAGAUGGGCACAAGAGCUUUUCAUUGGAUAAAUGGACUGGGAAGAAAUGUUAUAUGCUUGGUGCCAGAGAACUCACACUCGCAUUUAGUGAUAAUUCUCGUUGCUGGAGGUGGAAACCCUUACCUGAGUCCAGGUUCCCAGAGGUGGCAGAACUCCUCGGAGUGGCUGAACUCCACAUAACAGGGAGAAUAAGCACACAAUUGCUCUCACCAAACACAACAUACCACAUGUACUUCUCUUUCAUGCUUGGGGCUUGGUCUCGUGGUUUUGAAGUAUCACCUGUCAAGGUUUUCGUGUCAAGGAUUGCUACUAAUGGUGCAUAUUUGGGAGGUAGUAGUAGCUAUGAUACCUCAAAAAGCUUCUAUCUAAAAGCACCCGAAAAUGAUGAAAUGUUUGAUGAUGUAGAGGGUGAAGAAGCUUUCGAGCAUCGAAGAGAUAGUGGACAUAGAUGGAUAAAGAUAGACAUGGGGAAAUACUUCAACCGAGUAGAUGAUAAUGUUGCUGCAUUGGAAAUGACGUUGAUGGGGACCGAAGUAAGUUUGCAUAAGUCUGGCCUUAUUAUCCAUGGUAUUGAGAUCCUGCCUCUAGAUUGAAUUCCAGAAUUCCGGGGGUUCAAAUUUGUGUGACCCGUAAAUAUUCUGAUGAAGGUGUAAACAUGUUUCAAGAUCAAUUAUCUUGUACAUCUCUCUAUACCCCUUACCUGGGUAAGUUGGUUGACAUUUAUCCAUGAAGAUGUUACUGAAUCUGAACUCUGAACUCUGAACUCUGAACUCAGAGUUACUGUGUUUAUCAGGUGGUGGCCGCCACCCCCAAACCGUGGUGCAUUGUUGGCUUUGUUACCCCGUUAAUCCGUUAUAUGUGUGUUUGGUGAA